GGGAGAGCAGCGGGGGAGGAAGGGGAGGAGCCCGAGAGCCGCUGCCCUGCCCGCAGCCCAGCGUCUGCUCACUGUCAACACCGCGCUCCGUCCGCGCCCUGUGCCAUGGAUAUAAUAUUUGGCAGAAAUAAGAAAGAACAGCCGGAGCCUGUGAGGGCCAAAGUGACAGGCAAGAUUCCAGCAUGGCUGCAGGGAACCCUACUGCGGAAUGGGCCUGGAAUGCACACAGUGGGGGAGACCAGAUACAACCACUGGUUUGACGGCCUGGCCUUGCUCCACAGCUUCACCAUUAGGGACGGUGAAGUCUAUUACAGGAGCAAAUACCUGAGAAGCGACACCUACAACGCCAACAUCGAGGCCAACAGGAUCGUGGUGUCAGAGUUCGGAACAAUGGCCUAUCCGGACCCCUGCAAAAACAUAUUCUCCAAGGCUUUCUCCUACUUGUCCCACACCCUCCCGGAUUUCACGGACAACUGCCUGAUUAACAUCAUGAAGUGUGGAGAAGACUUCUUCGCGACCACGGAGACCAAUUACAUCAGGAGAAUCAACCCACAGACUCUGGAAACGCUGGAGAAGGUUGAUUAUCAUAAAUACGUGGCUGUAAAUCUGGCAACAUCACAUCCUCAUUACGAUGCGGCUGGAAAUGUCCUCAACAUGGGCACAUCCAUCAUGGACAAGAGGAAGACGAGAUAUGUGAUGUUCAAGAUCCCUGCCACAGUGCCAGAGGGCAGGAGCCCCCUGAAGCACACAGAGGUGUUCUGCUCCAUCGCCUCCCGCUCGCUGCUCUCCCCGAGCUAUUACCACAGCUUCGGCAUCACCGAGAACUACAUCGUUUUUCUCGAGCAGCCUUUCAAGCUGGAUGUCCUGAAGAUGUUGACUGCCUACUUCCGAGGGGUGAACUGGGCCUCCUGCAUGAAUUUCCACAGGGAGGACAAGACUUACAUCCACAUCGUCGACCAGAGGACUAGGAAGCCCUUGCCCAUCAAGUUCUACACAGACCCCAUGGUGGUCUUCCACCACGUCAAUGCCUACGAGGAGGACGGCUGCCUCCUGUUUGAUGUCAUCGCCUAUGAGGACAGCAGCCUCUACCAGCUCUUCUAUUUGGCCAACCUGAACCAGGACUUUGAAGAGAACUCCAGGCUCACCUCCAUCCCCACCCUCAAGAGGUUCGCUGUGCCCCUGCAUGUAGACAAGGUAAGAGCUUGUGCCAAGGACGAGGACGAUGAAUUACCAGAAGUUCCCUCCUCUGGCCCUAUGACCGCCCUUGACCCAAUCCCAAUCCUGAGUCAAGUUCAAGGAUUCCAGCCUUGGGGGCCAAUUUUCAUGGAAAUGAUGCCCAGCCUGCCCGGAGGGCAGAUGCUUGCAGUCCUUGAAGAUGGGGGUUUCAUCAGCUUGACCUUCUCUCUAGGCUUAGAGCUGCCCCGGAUCAAUUAUGCUCACAACGGGAGGCCAUACCGAUACGUCUUUGCUGCUGAAGUUCAGUGGAGUCCCAUCCCAACCAAGAUACUGAAAUAUGAUGUUCUCACAAAGGCGUCCCUAAAAUGGGGAGAGGAGCACUGCUGGCCGGCGGAACCCCUAUUUGUGCCCAUGCCAGGUGCCAAGGACGAGGACGAUGGAAUUAUCUUAUCAGCUAUUGUCUCUACGGAUCCCCAAAAGCCACCUUUUCUGCUUAUCCUGGAUGCCAAAACUUUUACAGAACUGGCUCGCGCAUCUGUUGAUGUUGAGAUGCACCUGGAUCUCCAUGGGUUAUUCAUCCCGGACACAGACUGGGCUGCAAGGAAGCAGGUCCCUUCCCAGGAAGAGCAGGACGGGGCUUCAAAUGGCCCUGGGGCCCCACAGACCUGAGGAUGUUGAGGCCUGGGCCCCGGGAAAGCACAUGCCCCCUGCUGGCUCCCACAGACUCGGGCUGGAUUCCUGUCUGGGUGGAGGGGAGGUGCUUCAUUCUGUUCUGUGCUCAAUCUUUCCUUGGUUGCUUUGAGACAAGCUAUGGAAAUAGCACUUGUCAGUAUCUUUUCUUUCAUCUUAUUUUGGCCUUAAAAACCCUGUUGGAAAGCCAAUCAAAUAUUUAUUAAUUAACCAUGGCACUUUAGAAAGUCUAAGAAAGCCCCUUUCCUGUAUUAUAACAACCAUGGCCAUGGGCCAGAAAUAGUUAUUAAUCAUAUCAUCAUUCUUAGAGCGAGCAACCAGGCAUAUCCAAGAAGAUACAGGUGAACAUCCAUCAUUGCUUCUUCCUCUUCGCCCUGUACCUGCCACCCGCCGCCCGCCUCUCCUUUCCUGUGGCCCAUCCUGAGCAUCUGGAAGCUCUGGCUUUCUCAACCACGCCUUGUUAGUAAAUUAUGUGGCCAGGAAGGUAUGUUGCUUUGUGGUCAGUCCAUGCAAGGCCUGCCAUAAAAUAGAAAAUAAUAAAGACUUUAACAUCUGUUCAGACCUUA